AUGAGCUACGUGACGUCGGGCUACUUGCCAGCGGGAGACAUCUUCUCAGGCAAGGAAGUCAAAGCGGACGAAGACGUCGAAGAGCACAAGAAGCUGGUCGCAUCUCUUUGCGAGAAGCGGGACUUCACCGCCCACUCGCUCGUCGCCUGGAACCUGCACAAGCGCUUCGACGCGCUGCACGUCGUUCGGGGCAUGUACGUGGCACUCGUGCCCUCCGAGUGCUUCGGUUUGCUGGGCGUGAACGGCGCGGGAAAGACCACCACGUUCCAAAUGCUUGCAGCGCUGGAAAACGUCACGUACGGCGAGGCCUACACGGCUACGGCAUCGCUGAGUGGAAACAAACGCAGGUGGCAGUCUCAGAUCAGCUACUGUUUCCAGUCGGGAGGGCUACUGGACAAGCUCAACGCUUACGAGUACCUGUACCUGAUCGGACGACUGCGGGGAUUUAGUGACAGCUCCCUCAAGCCCAUGGUUGAUAGCAUUAUCAACGUUGUUGACCUGGCAGAACACGCGUACAAGGAGAGCGGUGUGUACAGCGGCGGUAACCGGCGCAAGCUGUCCAUAGGUACAGCUCUACUCGGCCUGCAGCCGUUGAUUUUCCUGGACGAGCCAUACGCUGGUGUCGACAUUGUGUCGCGGAACAGAAUCUUUCGUGCGAUCGCUCUCAUUAAGAAGCGCUCCAAGAGCACAUUCAUGCUCACCUCGCACAAUAUGGAUGAAUGCGAGUUCUCCUGUGACCGGCUCACCAUCAUGGUCGAUGGACAGAUGAUGUGCCUAGGCACACUACAGCACUUGCGCGAGAAGUUCGGCCGAGGCUACCACAUGGAGUUCAUGCUCAAGCACACGGCGAAGGCUGAUGCACCCAGGCUCGCAAGUGCCGUACAACAGCUGUUUCCCACCGUACGGCUCACGGAUGCACAUGAGAACGUGCUGUCCUAUCACUUGGUGGAGCGCAUUCCCUGGAGCGAACUCUUCACCAAGAUGGUUCAACUGGACACGCAGUUUCCGCUAGAGCACGCUCUGGUUGGAGAGAAUACGCUGGAACAGAUCUUCCUGGCGUUCGCCAAGGCCCAAGAGCGGCGCGGCGUUCCGAUGAGCUACGUCUUCCAGGGAGCCAGAGUUCCCGCUGUCCCACAAGCGCAACAACUUGGCGCACAGGCUUAUCCGCAAGCUAUACCAGGUCUACAAGCCGGACCACCUGCCGGCUCAGCUGCCAGCGCUCGGUGA